AUGGCGCAGAGCGAGUCUCUGAAAAUGAAUAGUCUUCUGGCUUCGAGAGAAGCAGAGGCUCAUUUCUCCAGUAAACAACAGCGUGAUGAGGCCGGUUUGGCACGUCUGGGCAAGCGAAGCGUGUUGAAGCGCAAUUUCGGUUUUAUGGCUGUUCUAGGUUUUAGUACGACCAUUUUGAUUACUUGGGAGGGCCUUUUCACUGGCGGUCCUGCGGGUACAGUCUAUGGGUAUAUCUUCGUCUGGGCAGGAACCGCGGCGAUAUUUGCGAUGCUUUCUGAGAUGGUUUCCAUGGCUCCAACUUCCGGUGGUCAAUAUCAUUGGUGUUCCAUGCUCGCUUCUUCAAGGACAAUGAAAUUCUCAAGCUACGUUACUGGUUGGCUCACGGUCGUCGGCUGGCAGGCCACUUUCGCGACAGCCUGCUAUCUCAGCGGAACUACCAUACAAGGUCUCAUCGCAUUAUCAAAUCCAUCCUACGUACCUCAUCCCUGGCAUUCAACACUCCUUUAUUGGUCUGUGGUGGCAUUCGGACUCGUCAUCAAUACUGUGGGCGGAGCAACUCUUCUACCAAAAUUUGAAGGCCUGAUUCUGGUUCUGCAUAUCAUUGGGUUUUUUGCAGUUCUUAUCCCAUUGGUAUAUAUGUCCGACCAUGGCAGUGCCAAAGAUGUCUUUGCGACUUGGUUCAAUGAAGGUGGAUGGGAUACUCAGGGGCUUUCUUUCUUUGUUGGGCUCAUUGGGGUUGUGUUUGCAUUUGCUGGAGGUGAUGCCGCGGUACACAUGGCAGAAGAGACUCAAAACGCACCAAAGAUCGUUCCCAUUUCCAUCAUGUUCAGCGUCGUUAUCAACGGCGUUCUCGGCUUCGCCAUGCUUAUCGCUUCUCUCUUUUGUCUUGGAAAUCUCCAAGAUGACCUCAAUUCUCCAACAGGCUACCCAUUUAUGGCAAUCUUUCUCCAAGGCACAGGUUCAGUUGCCGGCGCCACGGCAAUGUCUGCUAUCGUGGGUGUCAUGGCUAUCUGUGCUACUACCGGCAUGUUGGCCACUGCUUCACGCAUGUUCUGGGCAUUUGCGCGCGACAGAGGCGUUCCAGGAUGGCGUCUCUGGAGCCAGGUAUCACCACAGGCCGGGGUCCCCGUCAACGCGGUUAUUUUUACAGCUACAGUCUCAACAUUAUUAGGGUUGAUCCCGCUCGGCUCUCCUGUCGCAUUCAAUGAUCUCACCUCCAUGUCUACAUCAGGCCUGUAUCUGUCGUACAUGGUCUGUUGCAUUCUGUUACUCUACCGUCGCUGCACCGGUGGCAUCAUCACACUAACCGAGACCAGCAGUGUUGCCUCGCCGGCCGAUGAUGAGCAGAUCGUGAACACGGCAGGUGCAAAGCUUGUAUGGGGUCCAUUCCAUCUCAAGGGUAUCGUUGGCAUUGCUGUUAAUGUGUUUGCCAUUGUCUAUAUGUUGAUCACGGUGUUUUUCAGCUUUUGGCCACCAACAGCAGAGGUCACUGUGUCGACGAUGAAUUAUAGUGCUGUCGGGACUGUUGGGACGAUGACUCUGAGUCUGUUGUAUUAUUUCUUCAGAGCAAGGCAUGUUUAUGAGGGGCCUAUCGUGGAGAUUUGA